AUGGACCUGUUUGACAAGCUGAACCGCGGCCGCAUCCAGGCUGUGGAGCAUUCGUUCGGCCCGGCGGCGGCGUCCCUGUCCAGGCCGGGCCGGGUUCUGAUGGGACAGGGCCGGCUGAUGAAGCAAGGUCGACGCAAGCCCGAGCCCAAGGUUUUCUUCCUCUUUAACGACGUGCUGGUGUACGGCAGCAUCGUCCUGAGCGGCCGCUGGCACAAAAAGCAGAAGGUCAUCCCUCUAGAGGGCCUCAAGCUGGAGGACAUGGAGGACAAUGAGACAUUCAGGAACCAGUGGCUGAUGCGCACGCCUCGCAAGUCGUUCUUCGUGUCGGCCGCCACGCACGAGGAGAAGCGGGCCUGGAUGGAGCACAUCGAAGAGUGCUGCUCCAACCUGCAGCAGGGCGGCGGCGGCGGCGGCGGCCCGGCCGGGUCCGCGUUGGCCGUGGCCUGGAUCCCCGACGGGGCGGCCUUCAAGUGCAUGCGCUGCUUCAGCAAGUUCAGCCCCACCAAGCGUCGCCACCACUGCCGCAAAUGUGGCUUCCUGGUGUGCAACGCGUGCUCCACGCAGCGAGCGGUGAUAGAACACAUCCACCCCACCAAGCUGCUGAGGGUGUGCCGCCCGUGCGCCGCCAGGGAGAAGGAGGACGACGAGGCAGGAAAGACCCGCACGGAGGUGCCAGAGGAGGCGUGGUCCAGUGACGAGGAGGAGAGAGCGGGGGGGAUGCCGAGCGACGCUUACAGCGACUGGCUGGUUUCACACACUGUGGACACUGUGUUUACCCCAUGAGGCACCGCAGCGUCCUGGAAUCCAAGGCAAGAGAGUCUGGUUUAAAGUUCAAAACCUUGAAAAAGUAUUCUGUGAGGUAUUUCACUUAUUACCCAUUUAAUGAUGUCAUCCCUGAGUAUUAUCAAUUAUUACAGAUGUUAUCAAUCUGUGGAAAACACCAUUAUCUUCUUAAAUAUUAUUUGAUGUCAGAGGAUGUUGAGAAGAACAGUGGAUGCCUUUAUGAAACUGCACUGUUAAAGUUUAUACAUUUUCUAAAAAUAAUAAAGCGCUUUCAAAACACAAAGCUCUUGUGUUUU